AAUGUAAAUAGCUGUCAUUGUGUAUUCCAAUGCCGGUUCGCAGUUGUACGGAGGGAACCAACGAACUUGACUACCAUGGCCCGCACCCCCUCCUGCCGUGCGUAAGAUCCGGCCUAGGGGAAAGGGAUGAAUGUUAAUUUCAAAGAUGGCGGCGGAGGGAGGAGGGAAGGAGAUGAACGAAAUUAAAACUCAGUUCACCACCCGGGAAGGCGUCUAUAAACUCCUCACUCACUCCGAAUACAGCCGUCCGAACAGAGUGCCUUUCAACUCGCAGGGUUCCAACCCGGUCAAAGUCUCCUUCGUCAACGUCAACGACCAGUCGGGCAACGGCGACAGGAUCUGUUUCAAUGUAGGCCGUGAGCUCUACUUCUACAUCUACAAAGGCGUUAGAAAGGCUGCCGACCUGAGCAAGCCCAUAGACAAGCGCAUCUACAAGGGAACACAGCCCACCUGUCAUGACUUUAACCACCCCACUGCGACGGCUGAGAGCGUGUCCCUGCUGGUGGGGUUCUCCGCAGGGCAAGUGCAGCUCAUUGACCCUAUCAAAAAGGAGACGAGCAAGCUCUUUAAUGAGGAGAGACUAAUUGACAAGUCCAGAGUCACAUGUGUGAAGUGGGUACCAUACUCUGAGAACCUCUUCCUUGUGUCGCAUGCAAGUGGGAAUAUGUACCUGUACAACGUGGAGCACACGUGUGGUACCACGGCGCCCCAUUACCAGUUGCUCAAACAGGGCGAGAACUACUCUGUACACACCUGUAAGAGCAAAUCCACGCGCAACCCCCUCCUCAAAUGGACAGUCGGCGAGGGCGCCCUCAAUGAGUUUUCCUUCUCCCCAGACGGCAAGUUCCUGGCCUGUGUGAGCCAGGACGGGUUCCUGCGUGUGUUCAACUUUGAUAGUGUGGAGCUCCACGGCACUAUGAAGAGCUACUUUGGCGGCUUGUUGUGCGUGUGCUGGAGCCCCGACGGGAAAUACAUUGUUGCGGGCGGCGAGGAUGACCUUGUGACUGUGUGGUCCUUCUUGGACUGCCGCGUCAUCGCCCGGGGUCACGGCCACAAGUCGUGGGUGAGCGUGGUGGCGUUUGACCACUACACUACCAGCGUGGAAGAGAGCGACCCGCUGGAGUUCAGCGGCAGCGACGAGGACUUCCAAGAUCAGAUGAUCAACUUUGGGCGGGACCGGGCCAACAGCACGCAGUCGCGCCUCUCCAAGCGCAACUCCACGGAGAGCCGGCCUGUGAGCGUCACAUACCGCUUUGGCUCAGUGGGCCAGGACACUCAGCUGUGCCUAUGGGACCUCACCGAAGACAUCCUUUUUCCACAUCUUCCACUCUCAAGGACACGGACGCACACUAACGUGAUGAAUGCCACCAGCCUACCGGCAGGUGCUACCAUACUCGCCAACACCUCUAGCAACGCUACCAACGGAAACAACAGCGGCGCCAGUACACCUGGCGUGAACUCGGUCUCAACAACAUUACCACGCUCCAACAGCCUGCCUCAUUCCACCGGCACCACCCCCACCGUCACCACCACAAUAACGACGACAACAACGACAACAACGAUAAACAACAGCAACAAAGCCGUGGGUGGCGGCGGCAGCAUCAUGGACAGCGCCAUUGCCACAGGCGUGAGCAAGUUCGCCACGCUCUCGCUGCACGACCGCAAGGAACGCCACCACGAGAAGGACCACAAGCGCAACCACAGCAUGGGCCACAUCAGCAGCAAGAGCAGCGACAAGCUCAACCUGCUGACAAAGAGCAAAACGGACGCUGCCAAGACGCUGGGCACGCUGCUGUGCCCACGCAUGGAGGACGUGCCGCUGCUCGAGCCCCUCAUCUGUAAAAAGAUAGCACACGAGAGACUGACUGUACUCAUAUUUUUAGAGGACUGUUUAGUGACUGCUUGUCAGGAGGGAUUUAUUUGCACAUGGGCGAGGCCAGGCAAAGUGGGUUUAUUGUCCUCCCAAAACCAAGCCAGCUCUCCCAGUGGAACAGUAGUAUAGCCACAAUAUUUCUGCUGCUAAAGAAACCCUGCAAGCCAGAGUCUGAUGCUGCUCUUCACCCCUGCAAGCAUUGCAAGUUUUUCCUUUCCUUUUCCUUUUUUUUUUUCUUUAAACCCCCCCGCCCCCUUCCCUUCUUUGUUAACAGCUUUUGUCUUGUUUAUCACUCACUGAACCUUAGAGAAGAAUGCAUCAAAAGAAAGGUGUUGUUUUACUUAUUUUAGAGGGUUUAAAAAAUUUUUUUUUUGGUUUGGAGUUAAGGCGAAGAUGCAAAGCAGACACUGUGGAUAGUUUCACAUGUAACCCUUUUACAAAAAAAAACAAAAGAGAACCUAGUGGUGUAGCCUAGACUCUGCUCAGGGUUACUUUAUUGACAUGCUACCCACCACCUUUUUUUAUUUUUUUUUACCAUCAAGCAAGCAUCUGGGAAUGUUGCAUCCGUCACUUUUGAUGAGUUGAUAAUCCACAAUUAAUGACUUUUUUUUGCACUGAUAUUAUUAUUGCUCUAUUGGAACAAAAAAAAAAAGAGGACCGCUUGCCUUGUUGCACUUGGCUUUAACACCCCCCCUCCCACCCCCCCUCCAAAAUCAGAAAAAGUGUAUGCUGCAAUCAUUAUAGUCUUUUUAAAGAGAAAGUUUGCACUUAAAUGAGUUUAUUAGAAGAAGAUGGCUUUACAUGUUUGGUGUGCUCACAACUCACAGAUGGCUAAUACAGUAGAAAAGUAUGAAAUCCUUUAUCUAUUGAGCAUUUAUUUUAAUAUUAUUUUCCAGAUUGAAAUCUGCUCUGUAUCAUACUGUGUAUAUUGUAAUUAAUGGAUUUGAUGACAGCGGGGUGUUGGGGGAGGGGCAGAGCAAACUUACCAUUUCUCCCAUGGAAGUUUUGUCAUUGAUAGUUAUAUUUCUAAAGCCUAAAGUAUACAUAUUAAUAAUAUUAAAAAUAAUCUUGAAUACACUGUUUUCUUCUUCUUGUUUGUCCCUUUUUUUAGUCACACGGUGGUUGGUGCUUUACGUUUUGGUAAGGAUACCAAAAAUUCCAAUUAAAUAAGAUCUGAAAACAAAAACAAUGCCCUUAUUGAGACAAAUGUUAUGCUUCACUUAAAAAAAUAAUGAAAAGAUGAAUCUUACAAAUGUAAUUACCAGUAAUAUAAAAAAAAUAUUUUAUGCUGGAGCCUAUCCCAGCUAGGUACACCCUGGAUCACAGGGCACAUAUAGACAACCAUUCACAUUCAUACCCAACACCCAUGGUUUUAGAAUGUGGGAUGAAACCCGGAGAAACAGAUGCCCAAGUGGAGAUUGGAACCCAGGUUUUCCAGAUCUCCUGUCGGAGUGACCAACAUGCUAGGCCCUGUA